AGCAUGGAAGCAAAGCAAAGGCCGAGGAUGGCGGCAACCCAUUCCUCUCUCUUAAAAAUCCCCCAUAUCAAACCCGCAUCUCAUCCUUCCUCUUUCCCCACCAACUCUCUUCCAAAAAGAUAAGACUUUCUCUCUCUACAAACUCAAUAUAUCAUAUAUAGCUAUGUCUAUAGAUAUAGAGAGAGGAGAUAUUAUAUAGGUCUUACUCCUCUUACCUAACGUGGUCUAUUUAUUUCAAACAAAAAAAAAAGAAAGAAAAAAAGAAAAAAAGAAGAUUUUUUUUGCAAGAAUCAAAAAGAGCUUGUGGGUAGAGAAAGAGAAGACGGUAUUUCCAAAUAAGGAAAGUAGUUUAUAAGUAUUAUUUGGUUUUGUUACUAGAGUGAGUUGUAUUAUAUAAUAGUAUUACUUGUCUUUGGCGUUUCAGAAAAGAAAAACCAAAAGAAAAAGAAAAAAUAUAUACAAACAAGUACUAGAUAGUCACGUUCUUGUGCCGCGGAGAGUAGAGUUGAGAAUCAUUGCCUAAUAAGCUCAACAACUCAAACGACCACAAAGCAUAAGCAAGUCGACGAUGAUGAUGAUGAGGGUUCAUGAUGAUGAUCGUGUUCAUGAUAAUCAGCACCGUCAAUUUCCAUCAUCCCAAAGAGGAGAAGCAGAUGGGCCUACAACUACAACGACACCUCGUCUUCCUCCUAGGACCAAUGAUAUAUACGAUAUUGUUGGUUCUCGUAUUGAUCAUGUUUUUGUUAGUGGCGGUUGUUCAGCUCCACUGCAGCAGCCUUUUCAUACUCGUGCUUCUACUUCUACUUCUAUUUACAGUACCGCCUUUAAUAAAUCCUCUGGAGAAAGCAUAGGAUUUCCUUUCACAAAUGCACAGUGGAAAGAGCUUGAAAGACAAGCCAUGAUUUACAAGUACAUGGUGGCUUCUGUUCCCGUUCCUCUUGAUCUUCUCCUUCCCAUCACCAACAGAAAUCUCUGCCCCUCUUCUUCACCCCUGGUUAAUGGGGGAGAGUUGAAGCUGAGGUUUUCAAACGGGGCAGAUCCAGAGCCGGGGAGGUGCAAGAGAACGGACGGCAAGAAAUGGAGGUGCUCGAGAGAUGUGGCGCCUGAUCAGAAGUACUGCGAGCGUCACAUGCACAGAGGCCGUCCCCGUUCAAGAAAGCAUGUGGAACUUCAUGUCAAUAACAGCAACAACAACAACGCAACCUCAAACAAAAGGACUCGUCUUGAUCAUCAUCAUCAUAAUCAUCAAAAUAGUAAUAAUGGUUCUGCAACAACUUUGUCAAGCUCUAACUUCCUUGGAGGAUCCGCUCUUCUUCCAUACCAUCCUUCCCCUGUUUUUGAAUCCCUGCCUUCUCAUCUUUCCUCAGAUAAGGAGCCCAGGAGCUUAGAGUGGAUGAUGAAAGGAGGAGAACAUGUUCCCAUGGCUACUUCUUCCGACCCAACUUGGCUUCACCUAAUGAAUCACACCAAACUGGAAAUGACCUCAAAGCCGUCAUCUAUGGAAGAACCGUUUCUGAACCUUAACUCCUACGCAAACUUCACCACCGGAGAAGAACACGAAAACGACAGAGAUUGCGCCUUGUUUCUCAACCCGGAUAACGUCGUUUCGGACCCACCAAGGAGCUUCAUUGACGCGUGGUCGUCCCAAACGCAGGAAAGCAAUCAUCAGGUGAAGAAGCUCUCGCCUUCUUCUUCUUCUUCGCUCACUCUCUCAAUGGGCAAUAAUAAUAACGAUAAAUCCCCUAGCUGCUCUUGGCUCAGUCCUCCUCUUACUUCUUCUUGGGUUGGUUCGCCGCUUGGAGGGCCAUUGGGUGAGGUUUUAAGGCCAAGCACAGCCUCCGAUCCGCCUUCUCCGUUCACCGGAAAUGGAGACUCCGGCAGCCCUCCGGCGACUGUUGCGUCAUCCCCAUCUGGGGUUCUUCAGAAAACGCUUAAUGCCGCUUCUUUGUCUGAUAGCAGUGGAUGUAGCAGUAGCAGCCUAGCUCUUGGAAGUUCCAAUGCGAAACCUGAGAUUUCUCUGCUCUAGUUUGGCCAAAAGGACACAAAACACAAGCGUGUCUUGUGGUGCUUAAAGCUCAAAUUUGGUCUUCAUUUUGUUUGCUUUGUUUGAUUAGCUUAAGUAGUUAGUUUAGUUUGUUUGGUUUUGGGAUCUUUAAAAUGUUUUUUGUGUUGAAGACUUUCAGCAAAAGAGGAUUCUAAAUUCUGUGUGUGUGUUUUUUUUUUUUUUUUUUUUUGUCUGUUGCCAAGCUUGCUUGUAUAUUAUUCAUGUUUUUUUAUCACUAUAUGGACUGUACUUGGCU